AUGUCCCAGGCACCAGAAAAUUUAAGACCAUUUCCAACUCCUGAAGAGGUCAGACCCUUUGAAAAAUCAGAGCCCAGGAAAGGUAGGCCUAAUGCAGCAGGGAAAAGGAAAAGAGUGUCUGCCAUAGUGACAGAUACUCCAGUAAAAAAAGCUCUAAAGGAAGAACAAAAACGUGCAAAAGAAAAGAAGGAGAAAGCAUUGGAAGGAAAAAUGAAGUCACAGGCUAAGAAAGGACUUUUUGGAGACGAAGAUAUGGGCAAAGCUAGAAUGAAAUCAAAUAAAUCAACUGCAGCAGGCCUGAAACGCAAGAAGAAACCAAGGCAAUAUGACGAUGUCGAUGACGAUGAUGAUGAAGAAGAUGAAGACUCACUAUGCUUGCGGUGUCUGAAGCCUUUUUCAAAAAGUCAACCUGGGGUAGAGUGGAUCCAGUGCACAAGCUAUGCUCCUGAGAAGAAAGCUAUCGAAAAUGAAUACAAGAAAAGAAAAAUUUCCAAGAACGAACACAUAGAAAAGAAGAAGAAAGUUACUGCAAGAGCACACUUGAAAAAAAGAAUAAGGAAAGAUAUUCAAAUAACUUCAUCUGAAGAGGAAGAUUAUGACGAAGCUUGUGAAUGUUUCGGAGGCACAGAAACAUACGAGAAGACGGCGGCCGUGCAGUUUGUGUUCGGCACGUCGCAAGGCAUCCUGACGCAGCCUGGCACCGGGAUCACGCGAGACUGCACCGCAAUCUGCAGGCAGACACCGACUUGCGCCGCGUUCACAGUUGGUACGCCUUCUUCCGACCCCACCGCUUCCUUUAGCCCAACUGCUGCUUUGGUGCGCAACAUAGGGAUGCGCAACCUGGGAUACACUCCGGAAAAGAAUGCGCUGGAGGAAGAAUAUGAGAAACGAAGAAAUCGGGUCUUCCUGAAAGGAAAGAAGAAAUUACCACAAAUGUGCAGACGUGUUAAAGCUAAGCCAACACUUUCUCCAAAACAACGAAAUUCAUUACAAAGUGACAGCAGCUCAUCAGAGGACGACAUGUCGAAUCUGAACUCCAUGUGCGGGGACAGGCUGUGGGCAUUCGAAAGAGUGGUUGGAGCCUACUUGGAAGGCUUCGACGACCGAGAAGAAAGAAACAUCCAGACCAAGGCAGAGUGCGAGAAACUGUGCUUGCUGGAAUCAACUUUCACAUGCAGAUCAGCAGAAUACGACGAGUCUCUCAACCUCUGCAGACUGAGCCACGAAGACCGGCGGAGUCAACCGAACGCUUUUCGUCGCCAGCCAGGAAGCCCCAUUGACUACUUGGAAAACCAGUGUGUCCGAUCGUUGCCUGACUGCCGGUACAACGUGCGGCCAGGAUUUUCUGUGAUCUCCAUGGACGAGCUGCAGUUUGCUGCCAGCCAAGAUGUCACUGGCACUGUUGACAACCAUUGUCCUGCUGCUGAAGACAGUGCAGGCAUUAACAUAUCGUGCUCCACUGGAACAGUAAGCGAAACUGUUGACGCCGUUGCCAACAGGAUAUGCGUUGUCGCCGUCGUCACUGUCGUCGUCGUCAUCGGAAUCUCUGGAUGUGUCAGCAACGUUUCUAUCGAGGUCUGCAGUGUUGAUGGUACAACUUCCAUCCAGGUUGUCGUUAUAGAUGCUGGUAUCACAGAUGCCAACGGGAUCUGCAUCGCCGUCGGAGUCGCUGCCAUCGAGGUCUCCGCUGCCGUCGCCAACGCAGCAAUCUGUGUCCUCAACGACGAUGCUAGACCUUCCACCAAGAUGUCUGCAGUUGUUGGCUUCGCUGCCAUCGAGAUAUCCGGCAUCACAGUAGCUGUACUCGACACUGCUGAAGCUAGGUCUUACGGUCACGCCCGUGGGUUCACCUGUCGGGCGUUCACUUACGCCCCUGGCGAGAAGCGCUGCUACCUGAGCGGUGACGACUCCUUGUCGUUGAACAAUGCUCCGUUGAUGCUCAAGCGGGAUGCCAUCUAUGCCGAGAAGCAGUGCAGCAUCAGCCAGUGCGAGGACGGGCUGUUCACGUUCGAGAAGGUGACGGGCUACUUCCUGCGCACGGCGCAGCAGGUGGGGCUGGCCAUGGCUGCCUCGCCGGGAAUCACGCUGGAGUGCGGCGCGCGCUGUCUGGAGGCGGGCUCCGACUGCCCGGCCUUCAUCCUCGACUACAACGCCAUGAAGUGCUUCAAGCUGGACCGCAACUCGCAGGGUCGCGGCAGCGAGCUGUCACCGCGCGAGGGACAAUCCUACUUCGAAAAGAUCUGCCUCAGAGGAAACGUGCGCGGCUGCGAAGGAAAUGCAUGGGCGUUCGAACGACGGCCAGGAAACGUGCGCGGCUGCGAAGGAAAUGCAUGGGCGUUCGAACGACGGCCAGGCAAACAGCUGCGUGGCCACGAUGACCUGAAGCUGCAACUGGUGCAGAGCCGGCGUGACUGCAUCGAGGCGUGCCUGCAGGAACGUCGCUUCGACUGCCGCUCUGCAGAGUACGACUCUCAGACAGCUGAGUGCCGCUUGUCCACUGACGACCGCCGCUCGCGCCCAGUUGACUAUGUGGACGCUCCGCCCACUGUCGAGUACUUAGAGAACCAGUGCCUGCCAGAAGAGACCCGCUGCCACUUCCAGUCGGUACCAAACUCGUACCCUCGCUACCUCGACAUCGUCAUCCCACUGGUGACGGACGAGCGAGAGUGCGAGAGAAGGUGUCUCGGCUACCCUGACUUCAUCUGCAGAUCGUUCUCCUACUACGCCAGUGGCAGCCAGUGCUUCAUAAGUGGUGAUGAUCGAGCCUCUGCGGGCAGCGACGCAGUCAUGAGCCGCCCAGGGACCAACUACAUGGAGCGGGUGUGCGCUGGCGCUGGCGGCGACCUAGGCGGAGGUCCUCCCGGCCGGCCUGCGCUGCCCCCAGACGGGGCAGCGGGCUGCCGGCCGGAGUUCGAGAAGAUGACCGGCUACGAGCUGCAGGGCCAGCGGUCGUACCGGCUGGCGAGCGAGCUGGCGCCCGGCAUCACGGUCAAGUGCGCGCAGCUGUGCCGCGCCGACCCGCUCUGCAGCGGCUUCAACCUCGACUACAACCGCAACGAGUGCGAGGCGGUGCAGGCGCGGCCGGGCGGACACCCCAGCCUGCCCAUCGACCUGCGCCAGGUGCCGGGCAUCGCCUUCUUCGAGGCCGUCUGUCUCGCCGGUGUAACAUGCGGCUUAGCAUGGACCUUUGAACGAGUUCCAAACUAUGAACUCCGUGGCUUCGUCAAUCUGCAGAUUCCAGCAGUUUCUCGCACGCAGUGUGAAGACCGUUGCCUGGAAGAACGUUCGUUUCUGUGCCGGUCCGCUAGCUACAGCAACCAUCGGCAAGAAUGCUUCUUGAGCUCCGAAGACAGGUUCACUCAACCGCAUGCCUUUGAAGUGUCCAUGGAUACCGACUACUUGGAAAACCAGUGCGCCACGUCGCUGAGCAGGUGUCCAUACCGCAGCUUCCAGAGAGACCACCAGUUGAUCUACACGGACAAGUCACUGUCGUCCUUCAGCGACUCCAGCUGCCAACACGCGUGUGACGUGGAGCGAGAGUUCCCGUGUCGGUCCUUCACGUUCCUGGCGCAGACGGGCGCCAACACCAACCAGUGCCUGCUGAGCGGCUCGAGCGCGGCCACGGCGGGCAGCAGCGGGCUGCAGCUGCAGGCGGGUGCGCUGUACGGCGAGAAGGAGUGCCUGAGCGGCCCCACGGCGGCCGCCUACCCGCCGCUGUACGUGCGGCCGCCCGGCGACCCGGUGACCCGGCCGUCCGUCAGCCGGCCGGCGCUGCACCCGCUGGAGCCCGGCGAGGUGGCCGGCGGGCCCUACCCCUGCCGCUACUCGCUCACCUACGAGAAGGUGGCCGGCGCCAACUACCCGGCCGCGCGCAGGGAACCGCUGAGGACGCGCUCCGACAUCGGGAUUAGCGGCGAGUGCCUGGUGCAGUGCGCGCUGCAGAGGCAGCGCUGCCUGGCCGUCUCGCUGGAGGUGGUCCUCGGCGGGCGACAGCGUUGCUUCGCGCUGGACCGCUCCUCCGACGUGGACGGCGGCGCGCUGCAGCCGGCGCCCGACCACGCCUUCUUCAACAAGAUCUGUCUGCAAGUGAGACCUUGCGCCAAGGCAUGGGCGUUCACUCGCGUGCCGAGCUACGAGUUGGUGGUUUCCAACUCCAUCGACGUGCACAGUGUACAGAGCAGGCGACAGUGCAUGGACGAGUGCUUGGCGGAGACGCGGAUCGUCUGCAGGUCAGCAACUUACUACCCGCGAGAAAGAGUUUGCAAGCUAAGUGCUGAUACAAGACGUACUCAACCUGAAAGUUUUAAACGAAGUAUUUCUGAUGCCGAUUACAUGGAGAAUGAAUGUGCCCCACAGCUGGCCAACUGCGAGUACGCGGACAGCGCAGGGCGGUUCCUGCCCUACACGGACCGCUACGUGCCGCAGACGUACAGCGCGGCCGAGUGUCGGCUGCUGUGCGACCAAGAGCGAGAGUUCACCUGCCGCUCCUUCAACUUCCACCUGGGGCGUCACGAGUGCUUCCUCAGCUCGGACGACACGUUCGCGGCGACGCGCGCUUCGCUGCUGGCCGACCGCGCCUUCUUCUACAGCGAGCGAGGCGCCUGCAGCAACGUUAGGGUUGACUGCACCCAAGCAGACAUGAUCAUUACAUUUGUGUUUGGAGUGCCUUUCGAGGGCCGCGUGUAUGCAACAGGGAACCCACAAGCUUGUUUCGAGAUGGGGAAUGGCCAAACUCAACUGGUACUUCGUAUUUCAAUGGGAACGCAGUGUGGAACAAUCCAACAGGGUCGUGGGCAAUAUGUGAACCAUGUUGUGAUACAGCAGAACCCAGUGAUAAUGCAAGAAACAGACAAGACAGUGCGAGUGGAGUGCUCAUUUGAUGCCAGCGACCAGACAGUGUCGUAUGCCCCAAGUGGGUCUCGCGACCAGGAAGGAAGCGGAAUCAGUGUCACUGUUCCCUUGCGGCCAUCGGGGACUAACAUCGUCACAAAUACCGCACCUUCUCCAAAUGUCCGUAUGCGGAUAUUAAAAAGAAAUGGUCACGAAGCAUCUGUGGUGGGCCUAGGUGAAGAACUUCAACUGAAAAUAGAGAUUGAUCCCACUAGUGCCUUUGGGAUAUUUGUGCGGAACUUAGAAGCACGUACAGAUAACGGAGAGCUAUUGACACUUAUCGAUAACGUGGGUUGCCCGCGAGAUCCAACCAUAUUCCCGGAACUACGAUUAGGGCACAACAGAGAAUUAUCUGCAGACUUUAAAGCAUUCCGCUUCCCUUCAACAGCAACUGUGAACUUUAUAGCGACAGUUCAAUUCUGCCAGGAUGCUUGUGAACGGAUGCGCUGCAAUAAUGGAAUCCAGUCCUAUGGGAAGAGAAGACGAAGAUCAUCACUCAACACAAUUGAUAUGAAUGCUGAUAACAUGACAGAGCACCAAAAUUUCAGCACAACUUCACUGCAGGGACUUUUACCAGAAGAGAACUUAGAAAACAGUAGCAGCAUUGAGCCACAUUUUAACACUCCCGAAAGCACAGCCAUUACUUUGAUGGAAGAUAAUGAAGACAGCCCAACUACAAAUGCUUUUGUUGCACAUAUCACAGGAGGAAAGAAAACAGGCGAGGAGCCCAGAAGAGAAGUUGUCUCAAGCACAGAGCUAACAUCAUCUUCUAAUACACCAUCUUCUAAUGAAUCACUACCAGUGCAAGAUAACGACAUUCCCAGUGAGCUUCCCCUGCAGCUUCGGCUUGUUGUGGGUGAGAAUUCCAUACCAAAGCCAACAAAAUCAUCCAAUGUAAAAUCGGUACUCAACCGUCCUGAUAUAAUCACUGGUAACACACAAGGCAAAAUCAAUUCUGCAGAUGUUGCAGAAGACAGUGAUUAUGUAUGCAUGGAAAGGUCCGUGGUCACCGCAAGUGCCAUAGUGCUAACAUUCUUCAAUGUUGGCCUCAUAUCUGGAUUUAUAUUCUUUUACAAUGUGCGGAAAAACCAAUGGAAAAAUGAAGCGAGAACAGACAUGAGCAAACAGUGUGUAACAAUUCCCGAAGUGCUUUUCCGAAACGUGUAUGAUCGCCUGCCAAGGAGUACCAGCAUCCCGUUUGGUUCGCAUCAGCAGCAGCAGCUCCCUAUAUGAGAACUAAUAGCUACCAACAACUAGAAUUUGUGAAUAAGUACAAUAAAGCCUCUGCCUGCUCCUUAAACACUAGCUAAACAUAAACUUACCCAAUUGGUAUUUUUUUUACAUAUUUCUCAAAACUUUAACACUAGUAUCAGUCACUUCCACUACUGGUAAAGAUUAAUUAUAUUAAUUAGAUGCAUGAUGAUUUAAUUUUAUUAUUUUACAAAUUAUUGAUUAAAAAGGAGCAGGUUUUCAUCAAUUAUUUUUGUUAAUUUAGAGUUAAAAAUGAUGGCCCUAUUUUGCUGUUAAUUAACUAGGAAAAAAAAGGUUUAAAAUUUUAUAAACUGUAACACACAUGCAAAAUAGAUUAAAUUGCUUAGUUUUGAAUGAAUGUGUAGAUGGAAUAUAAUUUUGUGAAUACUUCUAUGUAGUUUUUGUACUGAAUAAGAUAAUACAGAAAAUACGAGAUGCCAAUUCAUGUGCCAUAUUUCCUGGA